ACCGCCGCCAGCCAACCUCAUGCUUCUGGAAACGGCUUCCCGCGCAGAAGACACAAGUCCUGGGAGUUCAUCAGGCUAGAACCCAGACUGCACGGGUUAGCGUUAAGGAUAUAUGAAGAUCUCUGAUAGAUUGGCUCAAAAGGCCCUCUUAGUCAAUAGGUGGUCAGCCAGAUGCUUCAGGAAAGCUCACCCCCCAGCAACUUCCUUUGGGGUAAAUGACAUCUGUACAUGGACGUUUCACGGACAGAUUGCUACGGGGCACCGAUUGACUCCUUGCGCUUCUGUGCCUGGAUGCCCUCGUGUUGGAACUGGCCAGGCUGGGCUCCCAAGUGUAUGUGCGAAUCCCGUCGGACCAGAGGCCAGCGUUACCCCCCCCCAUUACGCGCCUGCCUGGGUAAAUCGCGCCCCUCCUGCGUCUCUCCGGCCUUCCCUUUUGCAAAGAGGGCGGUUCUGGGACGAGGCUUUCGCUUUCGCUUCCUUGCUAGAGUUGUCAAUGUUGCCCCUGCCAACCUUUUCACAGGUUUGACAGCAUGUCUACCUGCUGUACAGUUUGUGUCCGAGGAUACCCUGCUGACUUGCCACUGGAGCGUGUGGCUGACAAGCUGACAAUCCAUUUUCUGCGAGCACGCAAUGGUGGUGGAGAAAUUGUCAACAUUGAGUUUGCACCACAGUCUCCAGACUGUGCUAUGAUCACCUUUGAAGAUGCAACAGCUCAGCGAGUGCUGAAGACCAAACAGCAUGUCUUGGCUGUCAAUGGGAAAAACUACCCUUUGGAAGUGUCAGCAUACCCAACUGAAUUGAACCCCAAUGAGAUCUUUGUGCGCGUCUACAUGAAGAUUGAUUAUAGAUGCAUCCCCAAUGGAAAGGACAUCCUGUACAGUCUGUGCCAGCAGUAUGGGGGCAUACAUUUCAACUUUAAUGCUCAGGAGAUGACCUGCUCUGUCAAAGGAUCCUUCACGGAGUUGCAGGCCUUCACUUCUGAGUUGCUGAGAUGCCUCAAUAGCAAGCAAAGGGUGAGCAUCUCCUCUGCAUUUGGAGGCAGAUCUGCUGAGAAGGCAGAGGGAGAUGGGGCUUUGCACCAGGAGGAAACCCAGGCCAAGAGGGGGGAAAAUGAAAAGGAGACUGCAGCAGGCCCAUUAUCAGCCAGAAAGUCUGCGGAGAGCCACGUAGAGCCCCUGGAGGACUUCUCCUUGGUGAUAGACGCCGACAUUUACCUGUAUAUGCAGAAGUUCUGCUGCGAGGAAUUCAGCAACAUUUUGCACCGGCACCAGGUGGGUGUGGUGGAUGUCAUUAGCGAUGGCAUUGCCAACCUCUAUCUGCAAACAGCAUCUGAUGAGGCUGGGGGGGUUAGUUCCCUGGUUUCUGCUCACCUGGCACUCUCUCAGCUUUCUCAGCAAUUGGAGGGCACUCUGCGGAAAGAGAAGAUCAACAAGAGACAUUUGGGGGCUGAUGGCAGCAAGGGCCUUCCAAGGGAACUUCAGAGCCUCUGCCCACAACUGUUGAUUCAUGAGGAUGAUGGACAUUUCUGCCUCAUUGGGAAUUUGGUGGAAGUUUCACGAGCCAAACAAUAUGUCCAAGAUUUAAUUGCUGGAAGGGAAGCUGCACAGGAUCAUCAGAAACCUGAUACCCCCCAACCUGCACACUUGCCACUGAUCCACGAACAGAGAACUGCAGCAGCCCAGCUCGAGUCCCCUGCAGAGUCUGUGCCAAGGAAACUGAGCUCACCAAGGCCCAACAGCAAAUCUGAACACAAAUUGGCUGCCAAAUUCAGUUCCGAGGCCUCCAUGCCACCCUUUUCAAAUCGGGAUACCCCAUUGGCAGGGCUGCUUGCAGGGGACUCGCUUCAAACAGCCAAACGCCAGGCUCCAAAUAAUGAACGUUCUCUGCAGUUUUUGCCAGCAGCUGCUGAACCAAAGGGCCAGAUAAGGCAGCCUGUGGAAUUCCGUCAAGUACCUCAAGGGGUGAAAACGGAUCCCUCACUGGCUGUGUCUGGAGGCCCCAUGUCAAGUCGGGAGGGCCAGAUGAGCCUUCGUCUCAUGGAGCCUUCAUCCCUUCAUCAUGUCACAAGUGCCUUCAGAUCCUUGAACUUGUUUGAUGCCGCAGGGACUGCAGAACCGAGGCCUCACCUCAGAAGGCUCAGCAGCGUGUCUGUGGCUGAGCCCCUGUCAGCGGCUCAAGCCAGUGUGUACUAUUUAAAGCAAGAAUCCCAGGAGGAUCCCUACCAUACUUUGCAGAAGGAGAUCACAAAGGAAAGGAUUACCCAGAUGGAGGAAGGCAAGGAAGUGGAGUCUCAGAUUACCAAACAGGGGCACUCUAGCCCCCCUUUGUUAACUAUCCAAAGGGAUGGUGGGGGGUCUUCAGGCAUGCAGAAAGCUGAGGCCUUCCCAGUGCCUCCUGCUUAUAUCCACGAGAGCUUCACCUACUCUGAGCUGGCCAUGGAGGGACCUGAGGACGAGGCUCUGAGUGAUCUAUGUCGCUACCUAAAAAAUUUCGAUGACCAAGUUGUUGUCAGCCGGGACAGGUACAGGCUGGACCUUGUGUACCCCUGUGAGCUAAAGUCGCAGGUCCUGGAAGUGUUUCGCUUAUUCUCUGCUCGGAGGGUGGCUGCCCUGGCUGAACAGAUUCUUUCUCGUGACGCAUUGCAAAGUAAAAUUCAGGGCGAGACGUUGAGCACAAGGAGCCCUCAGCAGCUGAAGGAGAGCAGGAGAACCAGCCUGCUAGAGAAUUCACUUGGCCUAGACAGCCUUGCUGGGGAGACUUCGCCCUCCCAGGUUCAGAGAUCGCUUGAGGCCAGCAGUUUCCAGCCUGCAGUGGCACCGAAUUGCCCAAGUGAUCGAAAAGCACGGCAAAGUGAGAACCAUGACCAAACCCCAGAUGCCAGCAAGCAGGGUUGCCCUGGGAAAUCAGUGGCUGUGACCAGACAGGGGUUGCCAGACAAGCUUCAUUUUGCAAGAGACUGCAGCAAGGAGGGAAGCAGCCAUGAAGCAGAGAGCCCCCCAUGGCCCUUUCCUGAUCCACCAUUGGGUGUUUCUUCCCCAGUAUCCUUGCAGGUGGCAGGCAAGUGCUCCCCUGCAGCAAGAGAAGGUGUUGCCUCAGAUUUGGGUCUAAGAACUGCCAGCCUAGGAAGUGAGUCCAUGGCUGAAGAGUGUGAGUUGUGCCAAAGCAACCAUCCUGUCCUGUUCUCUGCCCCCUGGACCAAUAAGCCUUGCAGGACACGCUUCCCAACAGGUAGCAUUUCCCCGCCCUACUGCAGUGCCUCCCCUGCCAUCCCUGGAACCUUUAGAGCUUCGACCAUAUCACAGAGCCUCCCUGGGGACUUCCAACAUCCAACGCUCAAAAUAAUAUAUGACAUUCCUGAUGGAGUACAGCAAGCUGGAGAUCCUCGCCCAGGGCAUCCUUACCAAGGAGAUCACUUUGAGGCCUUUCUUCCCGACAAUCCAGUGGGUCAGCGGUUGAUGGUGCUUCUGUGCAAGGCAUUUGAGCACAGUCUGACAUUCCAAAUCAAAUCCUGUGGCUCAGAGGACAGGGUGAUUUGGGGACCCAUCCCCCAUAAGACCUGCAUGGAAGGGGGCAGGGGCAGAAAUGGCUACCCAGAUGCCCAAUACCUCCAGUGUGUGAGCCUGAAACUAAAAGACCUGAACAUUGAGUGAAGAGAAGAUACUCCUGCAAGCAUCUGGGAAACUCCGUCACCUUCUUGCCCUCCAAAGCCAGGCACCAUCAUCCCUGCUUAGCAGUUUGAAGAAUUCUCCAAAAGACACUCUCUAGCAUUUAUGUGCAGUGACACAGACACACACACCUCCUUUUCAGCCAAGCCAUCAGAAUGCCCAGCCUGCCUUCUUUCCAUUGUUACGGCUCCCUGCAAGGCCAAUACUUUUCCUGCAAUUUCCUGCUACUGUCAGGGCACCUGAAGGCAUUUAACAUUGCAAGUCCUUUAAAAAAAAAACUAUUGUGGUAGUUUAUGGGGCAGGGAGGUUGCUUUUCAUGCAAAGGGAUUUUGAGGUAGAGCCAAAUGUGUACUACUUGUAGCUCUUCUAGAGAAGCUGUCUUGCCAUGAGGGCUGUUUGCAUGUGUUCUGAAGUGGGAAGAGUCACAUGCAUGAUUGAAAUUGCUUUGAUGGCGAAGAUAACUAAAAAGUCAUAAGACACCAUCACAUUACUAACGCUGCAUAUCCCAGCAUCUGAGGGAGUUCCACCCAUUUAAAGGGGGGGGGGAGUCCACUUCUACGACUGGCUUUGAAUAUUGUGUUGAAGAAAUAGUUGUAGAUAUAAGAGCAAGUCUCACACAAAAGGGAGCGGGGAGAGUUGUUCCUUCCCUUCCCAGUGAGAUGCACUUGUUCAAAGGUUAACCUGCAAGUAUUGAAAGCAGAUGCACAGGUCAAUUUUGCAUCUGAUUCAGUGCAGGCCUGAAGCCACAUUGUUACUGGGGCAAGAGCUAGUAAAAGGGAAAAUAGUGAGGGAGGUGGUCUCCCAGGCUUUCUUAUCUUGGGAUAAUGACCUCUCUCCCAGCCUUAUAGUGAGGAGAACUCUCAGUGGGAAUCAUUAAAGCAAGCACAUAAGUAAAAGCCCUUGUCUUCAUCUCUCUUCCUACUUGUGCUUGCAACUUCAGCUUUUGGGAAACUUGCAAAUAAACUUGCAUUGAUUACUUCACAAA